AAUGCUUCUUGUAUUUUUUCAUGCUACGUUUCACCAGUGCUCGUAAUCUUGAGUUUACAAAAUUUUUUGAUGACGAGUCAUGCCUUAAUGAUGAGUAUUUUGAUGAUAUGAGUCUUCAGUGUAGAGCUUGUCCCGCUAAUCAGACGGCAGGGAAUGACCCCAAUGGCUGUACUUGUCUGCCUGGCUUCAGGUCUGUGGGUGAUGGACCUGAGGUGAAGUGUGAGGCUUGUCCUCCACUGCAUGUUACUUCUACAGAUAAGAGAAGCUGUGUAGCGUGCCAUGAAUCAUCUUAUUUUAAUGAUACCCUUAAGGAAUGCCAGCCUUGCUCCUCCUCUGAUAUUAUGACCGAUAAAGCUAUAAAUGGAACGAAUUUAGAUAGUUUGUCAUGUAUAGAAUGUUCUAAUGAUACUGUUCCAGGAAAUGAUCGUUGUGUUCCAUGUCAUACAUCUUUUUACAUGGCUAGUGGUGGCUCUUGCACAUGCCCAAAUACUCAUGUUGACCUUGGUGGCAUCUGCACUCCAUUGUCAGAGCUUGUUAAAAUCCCAGAUAAAAAGAGUUGUUACACUGUAAAGUAUGAAAAUGGGCAAGAAGUGAUGUCUUCUUUCUUUGAGGCCAACUAUAGAAUGGCUGCUCACUCCUGUACAUUCAGUCACAAUAAAUCAGCCUGUCAACUUUUGAGUAAUAUGUGUGUCCUUUUGCAUUAUGACUUCAGUGAUGAAUUCAAUGCUUGUGAGUAUUACAGAGAAGGAUUUGGUGAUAAUUUUGUUAAUUUGCCUGAUUAUGUUCCUUGGCUGUAUUAUACUGAAGGAGAAGCAAGUGUCUAUCUUUCUAAGACUAGAUUGAAAACACACUACAGCUUUAAUAAAGGUAAUCCAGAUUCAAAGUUAAAUUUUACUGUUGCAAAAUAUUCUGCUGAAGGUCAAUUUCUUAAAUAUGGACGACUAGAAGAUGUGUUAACUCUUUGUCCCCCCAUUGAUUUUCAACUUGAUGCUGCUGUUCAGUUUGGAACAACAUUUUCUCAGAGUUGCUUAAUAAAUGUGAAAGAUUUAUGGAAUAAAUAUGAUACAGAGUUCUAUGAUGUAUUUCUACAAUAUUAUGAUGAUGAUGAGCAUAUGAUUUAUGCCAUUCCAGUUCUUAAUAGAAACUAUAAAGAAGGUGGCUCACAUGUAAAUCAGCAGGAUCAAAAAAGGUGGCAGCUUACAAGGAGAUUUUUCUUAUUUGAUAACAUUAGUGGAAAAGAGAGCCUCUCUCCAAAUACUAUGGAUAAAAAGAGGAGAGCCAGAGUUGUACGAUAUCCUCAGAGCAUUGAAAUAAUUGUUCAGCUGCGUGAGGGUGAAGGGGAUGGUUUAAUCUAUCCACCAUUGAUAAAAAUAACUUAUGGUGAAGUUGGGGAUGAGUAUUAUGAGUCCAAUCAGAGUGUGGUGACACAUCUAAAAGUUUUGUAUACCAUGAAUUUUUCCAAAGUCCGUGAAGAUUUAUCGAUUGCUGUGGGUGUUAUGAGCACUCUUGCUAUCAUUUGGUCACUUAUUGGAGCUUGGAGCUGGUCACGGCGAUGUGGAAAAGUUGGUUUGGAUUUGCCUACCAUAUUCCACUUUUUUAUUGUUGUAUGUGGAAAUCUUUCCAAUGUAUUCUUUCUGGUAAUGUAUUUUUCAUGCUUUUACUGGACUAUUUUCUUCAAGAGGCAGGAUGUUGUUCAUUUAUUUCUUUUAACAAACAAUCAAGAAAAACUUAUUAAACAGUAUCUUACAGCUGCAUGUUUCCUAAAGUUAGUCCAAGUCAUUCACAUUGUUUAUGUUCAAGUUACCCUUGAUAUGUUUAUUAUUGAUUGGGAACAACCAAGGGCACGAAAUUCUAUUCCUCAUCCACAGUUGUCAAACAAUCUAGAAGAGGAGGAAAAAUCAAAAGGGGAACAGCCAAUUAGUAUUUGGAGAACCUAUUUCAUUGCAAAUGAAUGGCAUGAACUCCAGACUUACAGGAAAAUUGAUUUGGGAUGCCAGUUGUUCUUAACACUUUUAUUUUUAAAAGUAUUUGGAUUUGAAAAUCUUGCAGCUGCUGAUCCUGACAGUAGUUUUUCUCCUAAUAAUGGAAAUUAUAAUUCCCCUCAGAGUUAUGUGUGUAGAUUUACUGUUAGUAUGACAGUUUAUGCCCUUAUUGCUGCUGUACAGUGGAUCUUCAGGGUUGCCUUUAUUGAGCGCUAUGUUCAAAACAAGCUCCAGCAAAUUAUUGAUCUCUGUUCAAUUGCUAACAUAAGUAUAUUUAUUCUUGAACACAAAAUGUAUGGAUAUUACAUUCAUGGACGGUCUGCUCAUGGUUACGCUGAUGUUGACAUGCAGUCAAUUUAUGAACAAAUGAAACGAGAAGAAGAAGAUUUAUGUGGCCAUCGAGGUCUUGAACCAUCCAGUGAGUGUCAGAUGUUUGAAGUAGCUGUUACUUACAAGUUUAGAGAGCAGUUUGACACCAUUUUGCAACCUGUACAUGGGUUUGCAGGCAUAAGGCGGCCAGCAGGUCGAAGCAAAAUGGCUUCAGUAGAGAUGCAGCAAAGUUUCCAAGCACAUGAAACUAUGAAAAGAUUUUUUGGCAUGUUUCUUCAGCAUGCUCUCAAAGAUUUAGAUUAUAUUGUCAAAGAGAAACUAUUUCUGGAAAGUAUUUUAGAUCUUGAAUUUCAAGAGGCUGAUGACAGAUGUCUGUUUUUUAGGGACAAUAAUCAUGCAUUUGAUAGAGUUCUGUUUUAUGGGCAUGAAAUAUCUUUCAUAUUGUUUGAAAUGCUACUUUUUACAUUUGUUGAUUUAGUUGCAUAUGAUUUUGUGCUUGCAGCAGUAGUAACUUUUAUAUUUUCAUAUAUAGUGAAAAAGGUCCGUAACACAGGUGGCCAGAAAAAUGUGGUACACAAGACUCUAGUUGAUCAAAGGUUUUUAAUUUAAUAU